UGAAAUCUACAACUCCAAACCUUACCUCCAACAACUUCGAAAAGAUCCGCAGUUACUCUUACCGGCUCUUCUCCAUAUCCAAACCCUUUCAACUGUACCAGAUACAGUUCCUCAAACAACAAAUUUUCUUCCAAGAAAACCAACCCCUUCAACCGAAAUCAUGGAUUCCUACGGAGCUGGCCCUGCUCGCGGAUGCUACAACUGUGGCGAUGCUUCCCACCAAGCCCGUGACUGCCCAACCCGUGGCCCAGCCAAGUGCUACAACUGUGGUGGCGAGGGACACAUGAGCCGUGAGUGCCCUGAUGGACCAAAGGACAAGACUUGCUACAAGUGCGGCCAACCUGGCCACAUCUCCCGUGAUUGCCAGAACCCUGCUGCUGAGGGUGCUGGACGUGGUGGCGGUGGAUUCCAAUCUGGUGGUGGAUCCCAAGAGUGCUACAAGUGCUCCAAGAUCGGACACAUUGCCCGUAACUGCCCUGAGGCGGGCGGAUACAGUGGCGGUUUCGGUGGAAACCAAGGUGGAUAUGGAGGCGGACGUGGCGGAUACGGUGGUGGACAAGGUGGACAGACCUGCUACUCCUGCGGAGGUUAUGGUCACAUGUCCCGUAAGUCUACAGUAUCCUUGCCUUGAUACUCUUUCUAAACCGUUCUAGGUGACUGCACCCAGGGACAGAAGUGCUACAACUGUGGCGAGGUCGGUCAUCUCUCAAGAGACUGCCCCGUUGAGAACAACAACGAGCGUACUUGCUACAAGUGCAAGCAGCCAGGUCACGUCCAGGCUCAAUGCCCCAACUAAGCUACUGGCAUGGAAAGAUACAUUAAGGACCGACGAAUGAAACGACGAGCGACAAGAAUCCGAACUUCCGAGAAAGAUAUGCAUGCAGAACGACGACGAGAUACGAUACCCCGAACAGUCUUUGGAAAGGGUGGCUUGCAGAGAUUGAGGAUUUGACGAUGACCAGCUUUCACCAAACAGCCGGCCUUCUUUGUAUAACAAAACAUUACCCUUCACGAUUUCCUUCACGAUGUUUUCAUUUAUUGCGACCCCCUCAAAAAUAAACACCAAACUCUUGUUGUACUCAAAGAGUCUGAUAUCAUUUUCAUCCAUCCAUCCUGCUUUUGCUGCGAGUCUUCAGCUUCAAAGCUUCUUUAGAAUCGGAUGGGAUUUGGGAAUGGGACCUCCAAAAGUUCUUUUUCUUCUGCCUUUUUUUGUUUGUAUUCUCUGCUGGGAUGGAUGGACGGAAAGAUGAUAGAGCGGAGCAAUCAUACAAGACAGACAGAUGCAUACGAUGCGAUACGAAUGUGAUGCAGUACAAUGCGAUGCGAUGCUAGCGAUUUGACGAAAAACGGAGAAGUUACGAGGAUGAUUGAUGUCCCCUUUUUUUUUCGGGGUAUCAGAUUCAUGCGGGCUACGACGGACCAUGACACACAGAUAGGCAAACAGGCAGACAGAGCAGAGACUCAAUCCAAGCAAUUGAGUGAGAAUACCAAACAUACUCGGCGAGAUGUGUUGAGUCUUGCCCACAUUGACACUGAUGUUCUUGAUUCCGUGAUACUGGUGAUUGAUAUACCGUAUGGCCAUUUCAACUUUCCACCCUGCUCCGCACAAAUCCGCACUCACCCGCAGGCACAUCCACUUCUAUCCAUUCCAACUAGAAGUUCUCCAACCAUCCAUACAAGGCUGCUUGCCCAUCUAGGAGCGUCAGGCGGAUACUAAAGCAGUGUCAGUUCCUUCCAUCUUGUUCUACCCACAAACUUACACCUCCCCAUCAAUACCUCUACUUCUCUUGUCACACAAUGUAAUGAAGUACAGUUCCACGUGUUUGAUCCCCUCUCGCUUAAAGCUACCAUACCAAGCUCGCACUGUCCGUCUGUUAAAAAGGAACUUCAUCUUGGAUGCCAAGGACGUUUGGUACACGGCAUUUUGGGGGUGUUGGACUAGGAUUUAGGAGAGGCACAAAUACGAUCUGAUCUGCCGUUCGAUGAAAUCCUUUUGAUUCAUCUAUUUUUGAUAUCUUGCUCUUAUCUCUCAUUCCUGCCUAUACACAAUCUAGCGACACCAAAAUCCUAUGCAUUUCAAACACGCAAAACGCUCCAUCCCAACUCCAGCUCCAUAACCAAUGCCUUGACUUGCUGUUCAUUUUUCAAAGCAAAACACAUCAACUCAUCUAUCCUAUCCCACCUUCAUCAAACAGCAGCCCACCGUCCAACCAACUCCCCCAACGUCUCCACCCCACCCACAUUCCCAGGAAAAACCACAUACGGUACCCCCCUAUGCCUUACGCCCUCAUCCUCCUCCUCACAGCCCCAGAUCGGAACGCCAGGCGCAGCUUGUCCAAGGAUCAUAGCGCGCUUCAUACCCAACCCCUUAGUAGCAGCAUCACUACUUGUGAUCCCACCCUUCGCAAUGAUAUACCUUGGUCUGACUUCAAUCCCACGCAGGAACUGGACGAGUGCGCUAGCGACUACGGAGCCGAUUUGAAGGGAGGAGAGGGGUGUGGUGCCGCGGAUGAGGGAUCGAGAUGUCAUGAGGAGGACGUCGGUUCCGGAGAGGAUGGAUUGUGUGGCUGUGGAGAUAGCCGUGCUGAUUAUCUUCGAGGGUUGCUGUUCAGCUGCUGAACUCAGUGUCGAAGAUGAGGCAGCAGUUUGGACCUCCUGCUCAGCCAACAAAGCCUCAACAUCAAGCUCAAUAACCCUCAACUUCUCCCCUCUAAAUUCCCUCAAAAACGCCAACUGCGCCGUCGUCUUCGGGACAUAACUCCCCGCUAUGACCAACCCGCCGGGACUCCCUACAGACGUAUCAACACCCAGCUCUUGUGCCGUCAUAGGCGCUUUGCCUUGGAUCCCGAGACGCGAGGAUACGAAUGCCGCGCCGGUGCGGUAGAGGAAUUUGGCGCCAGCUUGCUCGGCGAGGAUGCAUCCUAGGGCGAAGACGUGCAUGUCUUCUUCUGAGGCGGCGUUGACUACUACGACGCUGCCUUUUUGCACUCCAGCAAGCACUUCAGCGACUUUUAGGUGUCCGCCGAUGCGGAUGUCGUUGAGCGUUACGGAGACAAUUUGUUCAGGCUUGAAGCGACAGGAUGUUUUCUCAAGAACAUAGUCUCUAAGAU